AAGGCGGGGGCGGGGCGGUGCAGCUGGGAGGGCAGGAGGGCAGGAGGGCGGGCCCGGCCCGGCUCGCCCGGCCGCCCGCGCGCGGUUCCUGGAGGCCCCUGGAGGCCCCGGGCCCGGUAGCUGCAGCACCAGGCUCCGGCGGCGCCAGCAGCCAUGGCCCUGGUCACCCUGCAGCGCUCACCUACGCCCAGCGCCGCCUCGUCCGCCAGCAACAGCGAGGUGGGGGCCGGCAGUGACGAGGAACGCAAGUGCACCCUCAGCUUGAGCGAGAGCUUUUUCAUGGUGAAAGGAGCCGCCCUCUUCCUGCAGCAGGGAAGCAGCCCGCAAGGCCCACGCAGCCUCCAGCAGCCCCACAAGCAUGCAGGUGACCUGCCUCAGCACCUGCAAGUGAUGAUCAACCUUCUGCGUUGUGAGGACAGAAUCCGGCUGGCCGUGCGCCUAGAGAGCGCCUGGGCAGAGCGCGUCCGCUACAUGGUGGUGGUGGACAGCAGUGGCCGUCAGGACACGGAGGAGAGCAUCCUGCUGGGAGUGGACUUUUCCAGUAAGGAAAGUAAAAGCUGCACCAUUGGAAUGGUCCUCCGGCUGUGGAGCGACACCAAGAUCCACUUGGACGGAGACGGCGGCUUCAGUAUCAGCACAGCGGGGAGGAUGCACGUCUUCAAGCCUGUGUCCGUCCAAGCCAUGUGGUCUGCGCUGCAGGUGCUGCACAAGGCCUGCGAAGUGGCCCGGAGGCACAACUACUUCCCGGGCGGCGUGGCGCUCAUCUGGGCGGCUUACUACGAGAGCUGCAUCGGCUCGGAGCAGAGCUGCAUCAACGAGUGGAACGCCAUGCAGGACCUGGAGUCCACGCGCCCCGACUCCCCGGUCCUGUUUGUGGACAAGCCGACUGAAGGGGAGAGGACCGAACGUCUCAUCAAAGCCAAGCUUCGGAGCAUCAUGAUGAGCCAGGACCUGGAGAACGUGACCUCCAAGGAAAUCCGCAACGCAUUGGAGCAACAGAUGAACUGCAACCUGAAAGAGUUCAAGGAGUUUAUCGACAACGAGAUGCUGCUCAUCCUGGGACAGAUGGACAAGCCCUCCCUCAUCUUCGAUCAUCUUUAUCUCGGCUCUGAAUGGAAUGCAUCCAAUCUGGAGGAGCUGCAGGGCUCAGGUGUGGACUACAUCCUGAAUGUCACGAGAGAAAUCGACAAUUUUUUCCCCGGCCUGUUUGCGUAUCACAACAUCCGAGUCUAUGACGAAGAGACGACCGACCUCCUUGCCCACUGGAACGAGGCAUAUCACUUUAUAAACAAAGCCAAGAGGAACCAUUCCAAGUGCCUCGUCCACUGCAAGAUGGGCGUGAGCCGCUCAGCAUCCACGGUCAUCGCCUAUGCCAUGAAGGAGUUUGGCUGGCCCCUAGAGAAGGCCUACAACUACGUGAAGCAGAGACGCAGCAUCACACGGCCCAACGCUGGCUUCAUGCGGCAGCUGUCCGAGUACGAGGGCAUCCUGGACGCCAGCAAACAGCGACACAACAAGCUAUGGCGCCCGCAGACGGAGAGCAGCCUCCAGCAGCUCAGGGAGCAUGGGGACUUUGCGCCAGAGACUCUGGACGCCCCCCGGCCUCCCUGCUGGGACAGUGCCACCCAGCCCAGCCUCCAUUGCUGCUUCCGGAGACUCUCGGACCCGCUCCUGCGCUCCCCCGAGGAGGAGCCCUGUGCCAUGCAGCUGGGGGAACUGGAGAGGGAGGCCCUGUUGGAGGGUCUCCCUGGGCCCCACAGGAGGGCCCCCGUGAGGAAGAAGCUCCAGUUCGGGAGCCCUGAACCUCGGAGCAACCCCUCACCGCCUGCCGCAGAGGCCGUGGAGCUGGAGGAAGCCCCGGGCGCUGAGCAGAGCCUGCUGGACAGAGAGACUCUCAGCAACAACAGCAAGCGGGGCUGCCCCCCAGACCUCGAGCACGAUGCCAUCUUUGGAAUCCUCAACAAAGUGAAGCCCCCCUACAGAUCCUGUGCCGACUGCAUGUACCCCGAAGCCAGCAGGGCCUCUGAGGCCUCCGGGGACUGCAGUGAACACCCCGGGGGCCCCGCCAUCUGCACCCAGCCCACCGUCCUGUCCCACCUCACCUCUUCCCCUGUAGCCCACACCCCCAGCUGGCCCCAGGCUCCGGAGAAGCUGGUGCCGGGUCCAACCGAGACGCUCCCGUGCCCGUUCCCGGCGGGCUCGAGGAGACCGGAUGGCAUUGCACCGGGGGCCAGGGCUGCCCUGGAGCCCCCCGCUAGCCUGCUGGAACCUUCCAGAGAGACCCCAAAAGCCCUGCCCAAAUCCCUCCUCGUGAAGAAUGCUCACUGUGACGGGGAGCCGGCGCUCAGGAAAGACGCCCGGCCAGCCAAGGACCUGCGGCUGCUGUUCUGCAAGGAGGCCGAGCGGCCCAGUGCCAACAGCUACCUGAUGCAGCACCAGGAGUCCAUCAUGCAGCUGCAGCGGGCCGGCCUGGUGCGCAAACACACCAAGGAACUGGAGCGGCUGCAGGCCGGGCCAAUGGAGCCGCUGGGCCAGCGGCUGGAGGCCUGCAUCCCCGAGGAGAGCCCAGAGCCGGAGCCCGGCCUGGACCCCGAGCCCACACCCCCCGUCAGGAGCCCCCUGCCCGGCCCCAGCCGCCCGGACCACAGUAGCCACUUCUCCAAGGACUUCCUGAAGACUGUCUGCUACACGCCCACCUCGUCCUCCCUCAGCUCCAACCUGACUCGCAGCUCCAGCAGCGACAGCCUCCACAGUGUGCGCGGGAGGCCGGGGCUGGUGAGGCAGCGGGCGCAGGAGAUCGAGACCCGCCUGCGGCUGGCCGGCCUCACCCUGUCGUCCCCGCUGAAGCGCUCGCACUCCCUGGCCAAACUGGGCAGCCUCGACUUCUCCACGGAGGACCUGUCCAGUGAGGCCGGGGCGUCCACUGUGGCCGACUCGCAGGACGCCAAGUUGGGGGAGGCGGUUCUCCCCCUGCAGGAGCCCCAGGAACCUUUGCAAAGCCUCACCCCGGCCUCCCGGUCAUCAGGGAAAAGCGCCCCCGAAAACUCGAAGAGCCCCUCACGAGCGAGCAAGAGCUGACCCCCGCUUCCACGCGAUGACCUCUUCCUUCGUGUCACCGAGGCUGGAUGUCCCUUAGGUGGUUGGCAUUCUCCUGUCUACCCCCUCCCCCCUGACACUGGCCACAGAGAGGAGAAGCCAGAUUAGCCGGUGCGCAGCCCGGGAGGGAAAGGGGACACAGGAGACCCCACGCCCCAGCCGUGUGCUGUGGAGAAGAAUGUGUCUUCAGGGACCACCUGCAGAUCUGAGCUUAAGCCCCAGUAUUCCUGCAACGCUGUCACCAAGGCCACCGGCCAUGCUCCUGGGGGCCCUCGUGGGGGGGCCACCUACGUCCUACCUCUGUCCUUGCCACACAUCUGGUGUUGAAGGUGCAGCGACGCCCCAUUCCAGGGAAGAAUGCUUCCUAGAGAAAGGGCUUUCUCCGAAACGGGUUCUUUGGGUCAUCGUG